GGGAGUUGCGCUCUGGUCCGCACUCUGGCCGUAUCCUCAGCACUAGGCCACGCGGUGACAUGGACGAUGGAUGACGGCUACGACUUGGAGGUGGGCCGGGGUUGGACGUGGGAAAGCCCGCCCUCCGAGGAAAGGAAAGGAGGUGGACCCAGGCAAAGGUGGGCACGACCGAAUCUCUCAUUGUAGCGAAGCUGGUAUUCGCGAUAAACAGUACCUCGAAUCGGUCUUGAGCUGCUUCGCCGUGAGACACCGAGUCAGCUGUCCUCUGAACUUCAUUGGUUGCCAAAGAUCAGGCUCGACCGUUCGUCGAGCUCUCGGAAAGCGGACCUGAAUUAAUAAAGUAGACGAUCGUGGGACUGAGUCUAAAGUGAGCCCCUCGAAGGACGACGAAGUUCCGCUGCAAUUGGUGCAGAAUUUCCAGGAGAUUGUGAAGUUGAACAAGUUGUAGGAUUCUGGAGCCCAGACUCAGCUUCGAGGGCUUGAAUUUCGCCUUCGCAGGGAAGCCGAAGAUCGCCUGAAAGUGGAUCCAGAGUGGUACUUGUCUCUGCAGGACUGUCGUGGAUUUCCUUGUCUCAGUCGUUUGUACACGAGGGAAACCCCUCAGAGUGAAAGACAGGAAGGAAGAUUGUACGGAUUUUCUAUAAACUAACGUUUGAGUCUCGAGAAUCGAUUGCUGGCAAGACUGUAACAUCGUUCUUCGUUUCACUCGAACUCCAAAAGGAGAUCUCUCUUGGAGUAUAACAACGUGACCGAAGAUCUUCACGGAAGUGCUCGGACGACAGAACAUUCAUACGAAGAAUCGUGUCUUCAGAGGUGUCACAAUGUCGUACCUCAUAGCAAAACCUUCUGAGUAUAUCGUCAUAACUGGACGGGGUAUUGAUGAUGUCAAGCUCGCUAAGAAAGGAUGGGUCUACCCUUUGCAAUCGUCCUGGAAGUUCGACAUCAGUCCUAUGAACUACACAUUUGACGUUCAGGCAAUGAGCAUAGAAAAACUUCCUUUCACUCUUCCUGCUGUGUUCACCAUCGGGCCAAGAGAUGACGAGGAGUCUUUAACAAAAUACGCCAAGCUCAUUGCAACUCAUGACAUGUCGGGCAGACAUGUCACUGAAUUACUGAAAGGGAUUAUCGAGGGAGAGACGCGUGUGCUCGCAGCCGGAAUGACCAUGGAAGAGGUAUUCAAGGGCGCCGAGUACUUCAAACAGGAAGUGUUCGAUAAAGUGCAGGUGGAACUUGAUCAAUUUGGUCUAAACAUCUACAAUGCGAACAUCAAACAAUUGGUAGACAUUCCAGGGCAGGAAUACUUCUCGUACUUGGGACAGAAGACCCAGCAUGAGGCAGCUAAUCAGGCUAAGGUAGAUGUGGCCGAGGCAAAAUACAAGGGUGACAAGGGAGCUAAAGAACGAGAAGGCCUUACGCUUCGCAAUGCAGCUAAAGUGAAUGCGGAAACGAAAAUUUUCGCCAAGGCCCAAUCAGCGGCUGCUAGGCAGCAGGAAGUGAAGGUGGACGCAGAGACCAUAAUUUUCGAAAACAAGAGAGCAGCAGAGGUUGCAGAGGCGAAUGCUGACCUUGCUCAGAGACAGGCAGAAUGGACUAAGCAGGCGAAACUCGCUCAGAUAGAAUCAGAGAAAAGCUCUGCAAUAAGAGAUGCGGAAAUGAACAUGCUACUGGAACAAAAGAAGGCCCUUGCAGAAACGGAAAGAUUAAGAGGUCACGAUGUGGCCAAAGCAACCGUGCAUUACGAGGUUAGCGUGCAGGGAGCAAACGCAGAAUUUUACAAACAGCAAAAGGAGGCGGAUGCGCAGUUGUAUAAACGACAGACGCAAGCUGAGGGUCUUCAGAAAGAAGCCGAUGCACAUCUCUACCGUCAAAAUAAGGAAUCGGAUGCCUUGCUGUAUGCUAAGCAGAAGGAGGCUGAAGGUCUUCAGCUCAUGGCCGAAGCUCAAGCUGAUUACGUGCGGACAAUGAUGGCUGCUUUCAACGGGAAUCGCCAUGGCUUCCACGAUUACAUGAUGGUCGAUCGGAAAGUCUAUCAGGAGAUGGGUGCAAUAAAUGCAGAUGCUAUUAAAGGCUUGCGACCCAAGGUUUCUGUCUGGACUACAGGGUCAAACGGCUCCAAUGUAGAAGGUUCUGCCCAACCACUUGCCGAUAUCUACAUGAUGAUACCUCCACUUCUCGACACAAUCAGAGAACAAACAGAUCCUAGGCCACGGUCACGACCAAUUCCUUCCGGCGUGGUCUCAUCUGCCGAGGUAUGGUCUUAAGUGGAACAUGCUUCUCAUACAGGCUCGGACAGUCUCGGAAGCUUUGUGUAUUCUGGGGUUUCUACUUGCUAUCUGCAAAUCUCAUCACCUCUUCUGUAAUUAUCGACGGAACCAUCUGCUUUGGUCUGCCGGUGUGUCUGCGGGCAGUUGAGCCGUGCUCAUAGACCACCCGAUUUACAUUUCUAAUCUGCACAUGUCAGCGAGAACUCAUUCCUGAGAAUGUCAGCUUCCGAUCUACACCUGCACAAAACAUUACUCAGCUGCAUGCUUCACCUUGUUCAUAGAGAUAAUAUUGUAAAGAUGUAAACUUUCUGAAUCGUCAAGCAUUUGCUUUGAGCUUACUCUGCGAACCAGCACAAACAUGUGGGAAAGGAGAGCAAGUUGCUCAACAUGAGAUUGACUUUAGUUACAUACUUGGUCCAGUCCAAGUUCCACGGGAAUGGAACUUUACUAGAAUUAGGAGGAGUCUUCAGAACUUGGUUUCACCACGUGUUUCAUUGCUAGCUCCUAAAAAACCCUGAGGGUUCUCCAGUGGGUGUGGAUGAAAUUUAUUAAUUCAUUAAUCUACUCACAUUGUGGAUUCACA